AUUAGUGAAGAAGAGCAGCACUGACAGAGAGAGCAGGAUGUCUGAUUUAAGAUGGAUUAAAAUGUCCUUAUUUCUGAUACUGCUGCUUCAUAGGACAGGUGGGUGCAUGGCACGGGUGGUGACAGUGUCUCCUGGUCCAUUAAUUCGGGUGGAGGGUCAACCAGUCUCCAUCAGAUGUGAAGUUAAGGAGUAUGGUGGUCCUCAUGAGCAGGAUUUUGAAUGGAUGAUAUCCAGCGAUGCGAACAGGAAUGGGAUAAAAAUAAUCUCCACCUUUGACAACAGUUUCACCAAUAGCUUGUUCAAGAAUAGAGUUGAGUCAGGUAACAUCUCGGUGGUGCGGCUCCAGGACAACAUGGUGGAGCUGAAGAUAGCGGAGGUGAAGGUGCUGGAUUCUGGUUUCUACUGGUGUCAAACGCCAAGCACUGACUCCGUCAUCAGUGGCAAUUAUGAGGAUCAGGUCCAACUCAUUGUUAAGCCCAACACCCUCAGGGUCUCCCCCAAGACCCUGCCCUCAUUUGUCCUGGAAGGAAGUGACAUCACACUGUCCUGCAAGGUCACGCAAGAACUCACCCAUCACACCUACCUGUCCAUCACCUGGUUGGUGAAGAAGGGAGCAACACCAGAGGAAAUUCUGACAUUUGGCCCACAGUUAGACGUGGUUGUGGGGCAGAAGUUUGCCUGGCGCUUCGCCAGCGGAGGCAUCCGAUUGGUUCCUGGGAGGUAUGGAUUGUAUGAAUUAGUGAUUUCCAGAGUGAAUUCAUCUGAUGAAGGGGUUUAUGCAUGCAACGGAGCUGAAUGGACGCAUGAAACCGGAGGGGAAUGGAUAAAAAUUGUGGAGAGCACACUAGAGAUGGGAAAUGUUUCUGUCAAUGCUACAGGUGUAGAUGCAACAAGAUCAACAACACAAGAAGGUAAGAAAUAA